AUGACCAGCGAUGCGUUGAUCAUCGAUACAGAUGGAGACCUAGUUCUAGUAUUCGAUCCAGAAGAGUGUUCAUCUUCCCAGACGGAUGAUACCUGGACUGACGCCGAUUCAUCCGAAGAUGAUUUACAGAUUACAGAUGCCGAGUCAUCAAAUGGAGAGUCCAAGAGUUUAAUUAAGUUACCGGACAUCUCGCAAAUCAACCUAUCAGCCGACGAACUUUCUGUAUUAAUUGAUACUUCUUGGGUCGAGUUGAAGCAAGUCCGCAUGUUAGUCUCAUCUAAACAUAUGUCCGUUGCUUCACCAACAGGCUCUCAAGAGAGUAUCGAGCUGAAGAAAACCGGCAAGAUGGAAUUAUUGCUUCGCGAUGACGAUUCAAAGGCAUGGAUCCAUUUACUCAACAUCAUACAUGGACGAUUCAGAUCCGUUCCUUUGGAUAUUAAUUUACCCAUGUUCACGCGAAUUGCACUUUUAUGCGACAAGUACCAAAUGCAUGAGGUUCCUUAUGUAUUCACACCAGCCUGGAAGAUGUCAGCUGGCCACGACUCCGUAUCGGGAGAAGACAUACCUCGCUGGAUCUUCAUAGCUUGGACUUUCAAUAUGACAGAUGUAAUCGAAGAAAUUACGAAAGGCCUUGCUCUCAACUAUACUGGAAAUGGAAUCCAAAAAUUGUUCAGCAUUAGUAGUCUACCGAUUCCCCAGAUUGUUUUAGAUGAGCUUGAAAAGUCUCGCCAACACGCAAUUGCUGAGGUGGUUGAUUUGUGUGAUUACACCAUACAGCGAUAUCAGAACAACAGUUCGAAAUAUUCGAUUCGCACUAUAUGCGGUGAAGAUAGAGAGUCUUACCGUAAGAAAUGUGAUGCAAUGAUGCUAGGCAUGUUGUUGAAAGGUGCCAUUGAACAACAGAUAUACCCACUUCCAACAAAACCAUACAAAGAGUGGUCUUUUUCGAUUUUGGAAAAGAAGAUCAAGUGUAUCAAACCAACUUCAUUGUGCGCUGCUAUGUCAUUGAUACCAGAUGUCCAAAGCGAUCAGGACCAUGGAAUCUCUAAUAUUAUGACAUCGUGGAUCAGACAUACAGCGGAAGAAGUCACUGGGCUUCAAUUGACAUCUUUGAAGAAAAAUGCAUCACCGGAAAUUCAGUGGCCAAUUCGAUGA